UCCGCCAUGGAAAUGGAAUCCCAAGAGCCAAAGCUAGACUACUCCUGUACAAGCUGCUGACCCUUCGACCCCUCUCUCUUUCUCUCUCUGUCCUCUCUUCUGUUUGCCUGCACGCUGCCCUCUCCCCCAGUUUUUGCGGUUCCACUCGGAUGCCACCACCUCCUGUUGCUGCAUUGCACGCGUCGCACAGUAUGAGAAUGCCCAACCAACUUCCCAGCAGUCAGUGGAUUGAUUGAUUUGAGUUGAUUCCCUGGGGCUUUCCGCCCUCCGUGACUAGCUCUGUUACCAACCUGGUCUGCGCGAACUCACAGUGGAAAGAGAGCUGAGGAAGACAAAAGGUGGAAGACAAGGACUUGCCUGGUUCUCUUUGGAGGACUUAGUGUGUCAUUAAUUAUUUUUUGUUGUUCCUUCGUUCUUUCUUCCAGUUUCUGUGCCUUUAGUGUGGAAGGUGCUUUCUAUUUGAUUUCCUCUUGGUGUUUGUGGAGAUCAGAGCCUUGGCCUUAUGAAGACGAGUGCUGUAUUAAGAAUUCUUCUGGUUCUUGCAACUGUUGGCCAGUUCUUAUGGACUGCAAUGGCCAGUUCAUACUGCAAGGAGAUGGGAUCGAGCACUUAUAGGCCUCACAGUGUCACCGUGACGGAGUUCGGUGCCGUAGGCGAUGGUGUCACACUAAACACCAAAGCAUUUCAGAAUGCUAUCUUCUACCUCCAUUCAUUUGCUGAUAAGGGCGGGGCGCAGCUAUUUGUGCCUGCUGGGAAGUGGCUGACGGGGAGUUUUAGUCUCAUCAGCCAUCUGACUCUCUCACUGGAUGAGGAUGCUGUAAUAAUCGGGUCCAAGGACCCUGUUGAUUGGCCGAUCAUUGAUCCAUUGCCAUCGUAUGGCCGCGGUAGGGAGUUACCAGGCGCAAGGCAUCAGAGCCUCAUUCAUGGAUCUAACUUGACUGAUGUGAUUAUAACAGGUGGCAAUGGGACUGUUAAUGGCCAAGGCAGUGUUUGGUGGGACUGGUUCAGGAAUGACACUCUCGAUUACACGCGGCCGCAUCUGAUAGAACUGAUGUAUUCAACUGGAGUGGUCAUCUCAAAUCUUACUUUCACUGAUUCGCCAUUUUGGGCCAUCCACCCUGUGUAUUGCAGCCAAGUUCUCAUCCAAAAUGUCACAAUCCUUGCGCCAUCAGAUUCACCAAACACUGAUGGGAUAGAUCCAGAUUCAUCUAAUAAUGUCUGCAUUGAGGACUGCUACAUCAACACCGGCGAUGAUCUCAUCGUCAUCAAAAGUGGAUGGGAUGAGUAUGGCAUUGCCUUUGCUCACCCAAGUUCCAACAUCAGCAUUCGACACAUUGUUGGUGCAGCUCAUUCUGGUGCUGGGAUUGCUAUUGGCAGUGAGAUGUCAGGUGGCAUUUCAAAUGUGCAGGUAGAUGGCAUCUCUCUCUUUGACUCCCUGUAUGGAAUCAGAAUAAAAACAUCCCCUGGGCGCGGAGGAUAUGUCAAGUACAUUCACAUCUCCAACGUCGUCAUGAGCAGCGUUAAGACGGCCAUCGGUAUAACGGGACAAUAUGGAGAGCACCCGGAUGACAAUUAUGAUCCAAACACUCUUCCAACUAUCGACAUGAUCACCAUAGAAGACAUUGUAGGAACAGAUAUUAAUGUUGCUGGCUUCUUGCAGGGUAUUCAAGGGGCUAACUUUAGCAACAUUUGCUUAUCGAAUGUGGACCUCUCUGUCAACUCAAAAUCUCCAUGGAACUGUUCUUACAUUGAAGGCUUUUCUAACUCGGUUUCUCCAGAAUCAUGCGAAGCACUCAAAAAUCCCUAUCAAGCAUCACUUUGUUACACAACUGAGCAUUUAGAGCAUUGCAAUCUGGUGCAAAUUCUUUGAAUUCGGUAAACAAUCGAAACCUUAAUCUGCAACAGGAUGUUCAGUUCUUUACAGAGUAUGAUACAAAGAGAUUGUUUUGUUCAUGGACCGACAUUUGUGUGUAGCCUUCAGCUGAGAUUGGUAAUGUAUUUAAGAUCGAAAAAAGUUGAAAGUGCAGGGAGGUCUUCUUGCCCGUGUGAAAGUCGAUGCCUGUUUCAAUUUUAUGAUUAUAUACGAGUGAAGGAGUGAUGUAAAAAAAUGGCAAAUUUUUCCCCAUGUUUCUUA